GUGGACCUUGAUGGCACUCCGUAGCAUCCUAGCGCAUGCGCAGUAGCGCAGGUUAGACAAGCAGAGGCACAGCUGCUUGGGAUCCCACGGUGGAGGGUUCUUCUUAAAUUGACAGCAAGAUGUCCUAUGAAUAUUAGCCAUAAACAUAGAUCUGUGUACUCAAAAAUUAUUGGGAAUGUGAAAUAGGCUGUGUUUGUAUGAAUAUAAUGCCAGGAUGUUAAAUACUAUGAUUCUGGUUUUGCAGUAAACAUCUAUAAUGAGCAAGAAAAUUGACAAUGAUUUGUCUAUUGGGCCCCCUGUUGAUUUAUCUUUUAAAUGUAUCAACUCCAUGGAAGACGCUCUACUAGAAGAACCUCGUGAGGGAUUAAAACCCAUGAAGCGAAGCCUGAACGGAAGGCUACUGAGCAAGGCUGUGCGUCUCAAUAACAACACCUUGACCGAUCUCAGAGGCUUUAGAGAAGUGAUUGACCAGCUGCUGAACGAUUCUAAUCAGCUCAGUUGGAUAGAUCUUUCCUUCAAUGACCUGCCGACCAUUGACCCAGUGCUGACAACCUACCACCAGUUGACCACCCUCAACCUUCAUGGGAACAGUAUUAGCCAGCUGUCGGAGGUGGAUAAGUUUGCAGCUUUGCCCAACCUAAAGAGUCUGUCUCUGCAUGGCAACCCUAUUGAGUCAGAGAGGGGAUACAGGUACUAUAUCAUCUCAUUGCUGCCCCAGUUAAAAGCCCUGGAUUUCUGUGCAGUCACCAAACAAGAUCGAACUGUUGCAGAUUCAUGGCGACGCAUGAACAUAAAACCUAAACGUGGGAACAAAUAACAAUGAAUAUCCUCUGGCCACUCUUUAGACAGAGGAAACGGAAUUUAUCCUAACAGAAUACCUGUGUUUCAUAACAAUAUGUAAUGAAUCAAGAUUAAACACGUAUCAGGAGGAAA